AUGCAGAUUGUCGAGCAGCUGGGACGCGGUAUCACUCAGUACAUGGGUAUAGCACGAAUAGAUCUGAGGCUUGAAUAUAAAGGUCAGAUCAGCCGAGACAGUUAUGUGACUCGUGCCGAAAUGAACGUGGAGAUCCAAGGAUUGGAAGAACGCUUCAGAGCUCCUACAGAAGAAGAACGUGAGCUAGAAGAAGAGAGUAGCCCGGUAGUUGUUGAGGAAGCCGCACCAGUCCUAGAGGAGCAAAUUGAAGUGGGGCUGUCCACUUCACAAGCAACAGCUUUGGAGGCGUUUACACCUACACCACAAAGGCACCGACUAUACACAUGUUUUGGCGACAAGAGCUUCACAGGUGGAUCUCAAGUGGCAGAAGUGUUCAAGGCUCCGCCUAAUCUCGAUCUUAUGUUUUCUUCUGAGUUGGAUGAACAAGCACCAAAUUAUUACGUAGAAGAAUAUACUCUUCCAGUAAAGCACAAGCACAGUAAGCAGUGA